CCGAGCUGCCAUUUUUUGGAUCCUCUGCUGCUCACUUUUAAGCAUCACACCGUCCGGUGGCCCGCCCUGCAAUUCCGGGGGUUCGUCCGACGUUUUUCUCGUUUCUUCUUCGGUUCGGACAGUCAUCCGUUGCAGUCGGCGCAGCAAAAACCUGAAUAUGGAUGCAAGUGAGGAGUUAUUCUUCUCUUCAGAAGAGGACCAUGAAACCAAGGACUUGGAACUGCUGCUCCAUUCCUUUUCAUCCGUCUCGCUUGAAGAAAUUGCAUCUGCCUAUUGCAGAGCUGGCAAAGAUGUAGAAAUUGCCGCUGAUAUUUUAUCUGGCUUGCGAAAGGAAGGACUAGCUCAAGUUGAUCAGUCUGAUGGUGCCUGUUCUCUGGAACCUACGCAUUUGGAAGCCUUGGCUACCGACCCCGACAACAGCAGAGUGAAGUCGAAUGUUUGUUCUAACUUUGAAGGACGACAGCCCUUUAACUAUCCGCGGAACGAGGGGUUGGUUGAUUGCAUGCAGAAGAACAUGAAAGAACCAAAGAGUUCAAAAUAUAGGAAGGCUUCAGUCUCAGUUGGCACAGUUUCAAGUGUCAUAGGAAAGGCAUAUGCAAGGCCUGGAAUUUUCCAGAGAGGAACAUGUGAACACGGCCAUAAGACCACCCCCACGGUGAAGGAAAUGGGGAAGAGCGACAUGACCAUGAAUGUACUUACAUCUGUUAGUGACCAAAGUAAGAAGUCACAUCGCAUGAAGAGCAUUGAGGAGUUCUUGUUUUCCAUGUUUGGAGAUGGUUUCCACCUUGACAAGGAUAUGAUCAGAGACAUUCUUGGGAAUUGUGAUUAUGAUGUUCAACAGGCUGCAAAGGAAUUACUUAAGUUAGCUUCCACCUUUGUAGAGGACCAGAUUCAUCAUUUCAAAGAUGGUGACAUGGUAAGUACCAGUCAUCUUGCAUGUGGAAAAACAGAAAUGGUUGAUUGUCCAUUUGAUGAAGACGUUCCAACAGAGAUUCAUGCUCAUAGUUUGAAAACAUGCAGUGAAGAUAGUCUAAAGCCCAAGGACUCAGAACCUUGUGUAGCUAUUAAGAAGAAUAAUCUUGAAAGGGAAGUUCUAGAGUCAUUGUUUAGCAUGCCUGAGAGAUCUGAGCAAUUGCCAAAGAAGACUGGGAAGACGAAGAUGGUGUGGAAAGCAAAAGUAGUGGUAGAAAGCCGUCCUGAAGCUAGUCCUGUGGAGCCAAACCUUCAUCCUGAUGAAGACAAGGAUAACUUGUACCAGGAAGCCAAAGUGAGUGAAUUUCAAGCCCUAAGGAAAUCUGCCCAGCAGCAAUGGGAUGCAACGAAAUCUUACUAUGAAGCUGCUGCUCAGGCAUAUUCAGAGGGGAAUCUUGACCGAGCAAAAUAUCUUUUGGAAGAGGGAAAAUCUUAUAACACAAAGGGACGUGAAUUAGAUGAAGAGUCUGCAAAAUUUUUUGACAGUGAAGGUCCUCUUUGCAGCAAUGAGGAGACACAAUCUGAUGUAACUCUGGACGUACAUGAUCAUGGCAAAAGGCAAGCAAUACAACUUUUGAAGUUGCAUCUUUCAUCACUUUCAGGCAUCCCAUCCAUCCAGUUUCUGAAAAUUAUUGCCGAGACAUAUCCACAAACUGGUUCUGGUGGGAGCCGUCGACAAGCAAUUGUCAAAUUUCUGGACAAGGAACAUAUCAAGUGGCAUGAAGAAGAAGGAAAUCCUGGAACUAUAAUUGUUCGGCUAGUGGACAUUGAGCGAGACAAAUUGAGUUUUGCAGAUAAUAGCCACUGAAUAUAGCGAAAACAUUGUGAAUGAAGCAGAUAUUUUGGAAGGACUGUCUUCAGUUGUGGUCCGAGUGGACUUUCCUUGAUGAAGUCUUUCAGAAGAUUUUGUUAAUUCCAUUCUUUUUUCUGGAGGCAUGAUGGACGAUCACCUGAAGCGUCUUGUUUGAUCUGAUGAUGUCUGUGUGUCUAUGAAUGUCAUAUUUCAGAUUCAUGAAAAAUCGAACCUAAAAUUUUGCAAAGGUGAAGAAUAAAAGUUCAAAGUGGAUCCACAAUCAGAGUUUCUUCCCUUU